CACCACUUGUGGCAUCGGUGAGACCCACGGGUUGCGUGUUACUUGCACACCAGCACCCAUCCUCACACACAGUGGAUUCUUUUUUUAUUUGUAUUUUUUUUUUGGAACUUGCAUCCACCAUGAUCAAGAAGAUGACACCCUCCGAGAUCGAGUUGAACAUCCCGGCCAAGAACUGCCGCAGGAUGGUCAUCCUCGGCUCCACCAAAGUGGGCAAGACGGCCAUCAUCUCGCGUUUUUUGAACGCGCGGGUGGACGAGCAGUACACGCCGACGAUCGAGGACUUCCACAGGAAGUUCUACAGCAUCCGAGGGAGCGUUUACCAGCUGGACAUUUUGGACACGUCCGGGAACCAUCCUUUCCCAGCCAUGAGGAGGCUCUCCAUCCUGACAGGCGACGUGUUCAUUUUGGUGUUCAGCCUGGACAACAGAGACUCCUUCCAGGAGGUGCAGCGCCUCAAGCGGCAGAUCUACGAGACCAAAUCGUGCCUGAGAAACAAGACCAAGGAGAGCGCCGACGUGCCGCUCGUCAUCUGCGGCAACAAGUGCGACCGCGAGUCCCAGCGCCAGGUGCGGGACGAGGAGAUCGAGCAGCUGCUCCGCGGCGACGAGGAGCGCCGCUGCGCCUACUUCGAGAUCUCGGCCAAGAAGAACACCAACGUGGACCGGAUGUUCCAGACGCUGUUCGCCACGGCCAAGCUGCCGGACGAGAUGAGCCCCGACCGGCACUGCAAGGUGUCGCUACAGUCGUGCGAGCUGCUGCACCGCAAGUCCUUCCGCGCCAAGAAGUGCAAGGACGCCUACGGCAUCGUGGCGCCGUUCGCGCGAAGGCCCAGCGUCCACAGCGACUUGAUGUACAUCAAGGAGAAGGCCGUGGGAGGAGGUCAGGCGAAGGAGAAAGCUUGCGUCAUAUGCUGACCCCCGUGGAGAGGGCAACGAAAGACUUUUUGGGACCGCAGAGAUGAAGACUGGGACGAAGGUCCUCCAUGCCAUGUUUACAUGCCCCAGCAGACUUGAAUGUUUGUUACACUACGAACAAAAUCUGAAUGUGUACUUAUUUAUUAUGUCUGUCAAUAGAUUUUGCAUCAAAUGAAUUAAAAACAAAAAAAAUGGUUACUUUCAUAA